CAGUCCUCCUGGGCUGCUCCUACAUUUUAGUUACUGUUCCUCUGAAGUCACUUUAAUUCCGAAGAAGCACAAAGGGAAGAGAAACCCACACAGCUGUACCAGAGUUGGGAGGAUUGUCUUCUCAGCCCGGCUUCAGAAUGGAUGCACAUCCCACCAGUAAGUCAACUCUUUAGAAAAUGGGGGCCAUGUCUUUAUUCUGCCUCCAAGUUAUACAUGCUGUGGGGAUCCAGAAGGGUCCGCCUCAUAGGAUCAUUGCCAGCCUAAACCAGUUAUUGAAAAGAAACGAGACAACAGGGAUCUCUUGGGCAAGAUGUUGAGGUUUGCCAGUCUGGUCUGAAGGAUUUAUUUCUUUCACUUCCACCCUCCCAAAGCCACCUGUGACUGAAAGAGGUCUGGCUCAUGUGUUCUUUCUGCAUUUGAUGCUUUACAGCUACAUGUGAAUGGAGGGAUACCAGGGCCGGCUCUACCAUUAGGGAGAAGGAGGUGGCUGCUUCAGGCAGUGGAUGCUGGGAGGCUGGGAGUGGCAGCAAGGGCAUUGGACGACAGAGCUCCCUGUGCCACACAGCCUGUCUGGUGUGCCCCUAAACUAGCCUGUGAAGGUGCAGUGGAGGAUGCUGCCCUGUGGCCAGUGUUGACUCAGGAUUCAAGCGCCACCAGUUUCCUUGGUUUCUGGAUGUGGGAUAGGAAGGGUGUCCACCUUCUCCUAUAUCUCAGCAUUCCAGUGGUGUUGGUCCACAAAGAUGUUGUUGGGAGACAGCCAGAUUUCACCCUGUGCUUUUUAUUUUAUGCCAUCCAAAGGAAAGCUUUCAUAUUCUUUGAAGUGUGCUUACAAGUACACCUAUUCUGGCUCAGAUUGUGGAUGAGCUUCCCCAGUUUGCUGACCUUUCUGCAUAACUUUCAGAUUGGGUUGAGCAGACCCAGCACCUUGGGGGUGAAGGGAAAGGAUGUGUGCCAAAUGACCUAGAGAAGUACAUUUGGUUAAGGGGAAAGACUGGAAGAAGGGGCGAUCCAAACUGGGCAAGCAGAGGUGCCCGCAGGAUUUUUCCUGGGGAGGCAGAAGAAAAACACUGAAAGGAGCGAUCAGGUUAGUUUUCCAGGGAAGGUUGUGUGGCUAAUAUUGCCUGUACGUUUUGCCUCAAACCUCAGGUUCUACAAUUGGUAAAAACUUAUUUUAAUUAAAAAAACACACACAACUAAUGUUGGGAAUCUGGGUUUCAUGAUUUAUCUGGGGCGGGGUGGGGACUGUUCCAUUGCUCCCCAAUUGUGGAUCCCUAUGUGUGAAAAUGCUGUUCGUGUCAAUGGUCUUUACAUGGGAGUUUUGAGACCUCCACUGCAUUCUCCAUUGUAUCCUCCAUUGCAUCUGAGAAACAAUAGGAAAAUUUGGGACAGUCAAGUGUAUAGGGCAGAAAGGGUUUGCUGAAGGCAGGAAAUGAAGGGUGGUAUUCAAGUAAGGGUUACUCAGAGUAGACCCGUUGAAAUAAAUAAACAUGGUUAUGUUAGGUCCAUUAAUUUUAGUGUGUCUAAUCUGAGUAAAACUUAGUUGGAUACCAUCUGAAGUAGGGGUUGUAUUCAGCUAGGAAGCCUCUGCCCAUUUCAGUUUUCUCAGCUUCUCAUUUUCCCAGACUUAAAUUCAGUUCUCCAUUUUUGAAGCAAUUUGCAAAAAAAAAAAAGAAAGAAAGAAAAGAAAAGAAAAGAAAAGGAAAAAGAAUCCUCACAAAAAUCCACCAGCAAGAUUUCUCUUAAACACAUUUUAUAUGCAAGCAUUUUCCUCUCAUAUAAUGCAUUUUGUAUGCUGUUUUGACUAAUUUAUUCCUUGUCAUCCACAUGUUCUCCCAAAAUGUGCAUUUUUGCAAACCUUGUUUGGUUGGAGAACUGCCUUGCAAACUUCAGAUAAGUGCGCAUUCGGAAGGAUAGCUGCGUUAUGGUUCACGUGUUGCUUCAGAAAGUGCAGAUUUGAUAGAUUAGGUUUUAAAUGAAUAUUGAAUCAAAUUUCCCCUCAAUCCCUACUCACCAUAGACCUGUUGGAUUGUAUCUAUCUAUUUAUUUAUUAAAAUUUAUACCCCUUGAUUGGAAAAAAAAUCCUCAAAACAGUUUACUAAAAUCGUUAGUCCAACUCAGGAGUAGACCUGUUGAAAAUAAUAGACCUAAGUUUCUCAUGUUCAUUAAUUUAAAUGGAUCUGUUCUGAGUAGUACUGGAUCCAACCGAAUCUGCUUUCCUAUUAAUUAUUUUCCUUGAAAACUUUCUGCAAUUGUGGCAUGUAAGCUGAGGGGACACUCUGCUUCUCUCCCAGCUGUGGCAGCCCCACCAGUUGCCAGAGCCCAGAGAGGCAGAAUGGGGCAGUGGUGAGGGUGAAGGAAGCCACUGGGCUGGUGGCAUCCCACCUCAGUCGCCAUGUUUUAACUCUCUCCAGGGGGCUCAGAGCCUCUCCAUGGUGAACCCAGCUCUUUCGGCAUAUGUCAGCUGUACCUUAUCAUUGUUUCAAAAACGUGUAGGUGUGCUUUUAGCUACCUUUUUAUCCAGGUGAUAAACUCUUAGAGCAUGUUGUUAUUUAGAUUUUGUGACGUUAGUCUGUUUUUAUUGACUGUUGAUUUAUUUUAAGUGUUUUUUUCUUGAAGACUAUUAAGUUUUACGGCAGCGGCUUAGGCAAUGAGGAAUUUAUCACUUAAGGUGGAACACAAACAAAAACCUCUUUUGGGGUGUAGGCAAGGGAAAUAAACCAUGUGGGUCUUCAAACUGUGGCAACUCUUAGGCACUGAGGUGGCUGGUGCCCAUUGGGCCUAGUAGGGCAGAAGGAAGGAGCCCAUAAUCUCGGCGGCCAUUUUCGGUGCUCCUCUUGCUCCCACCCAAAAGAGUUUUUUCAGGGGCACAUGAGAUCUCAUCCCCAAAUAAACUCUUUUUCGGGGCAACAGUGAGACGCAGGUCAAGUGACUCACACAGGACUGUGUCCCAGAAUACACAUGUCUCAGUUUUGCACUGGGAAAAGUUGGGAGGUUUGGGAGCGAGAGUAGGUGGAGCCAAAGCCAAUGACAGACAGAGCCAACUAAUUCUAGUUUUGUGCUCCAUCCUUCCCCCUACUAAGGCAACACUGAGGCCUAAGGAGGAGAAUGCUGACAGGAGGUACCAUCCCUUGGACUAGCAGUUGGCAUGAGGGCAGAUCAAGGUUGGUGGGGCAUUUGCCCUAAUGGUGGCCCAUUUGCCCUAAUGGACUAGCCUCCACCUGUCAGAGUUUGGGAAAGGUGCUCUCUCAAUAUAUAAAAUUUAUUUCUACAAUUCAUUACCCAUCAUUCUGUCAGGGAUACAUAAACAUUUAGCUUGGCUUCUGUUUUAGAUUCCUACCUCUUGGACGUGGACCAGGCAGACAGUUGACACCUGCCUUUGCUAUCACAUAUCACAAAUAAAUUGUAUCCUAACGGGCUGGAAUGUUGGAAGUGGAGAAAGUUCACCAAGACAGACAAGGGUCCAUGACAAGAUCCUCAGGGCCUUCUGAAAAAUGAGCAAGGAACAUGUGCCUACUUUCCCCUCUUCCCAACCAUCCCAAAGCAUCUAUAGCUAAUCACAGCUAGAUGGAUGGGGGGAGAUUUGUCUCCUUGUGGAAGUAGGCCAACUGUGAUCCUUCCCCUCGCAAGGCCCCAUGUUCUCUUUUGCUGUACAUAGGGUAGUCAUGGUGGCUUCCAAAUGGGAUGCUGUCUUAGGUCUGGGUAACAGGAAAGCUGCCACCCACUUCCCUCCAAAUCUAAGAAGACCCUUGGAAGCUCCAUGUUAGAAGAGGAAAUCAGGAACUGGCCAAUUACUGGUUCCCAACUAAAAGAGUGGGAAGCCAAGUCUUGUUUUUCAAGGAAGAUUUAUCUUUGGGAGACUCCUCUGACUCCUUCUCUCUCUUCCCCCCUCCUCUAGAUUUUGUUAUAAUAAAUUUGAUUUUUAAAAAAUGUCACUUUAUCCACUAUCUGACCAAGAUCUAGGUCCAUAAGGUGCCUUCCAAAGUAUCAUCAAUAAAUGAAAAGGGAUACAUUAAACUUAGCUAGACUAGAGUAAUGUACCUGUGCCUUUCCACAUGGUUCAACUAUCAAUCUCUCUUUCAAAGGGAACUCUGGGAAUUGCAGCUCUGUGGGGGGGGGGAGGUCUCCUGGCAGCUCUCAGCAUCCUUAGCAAGCAACAAUCCCCAGGAUUCUUUGGGGAAGAAGCUUAGAAUGGUAUGAUGCCAUUUUACAAGUAUAGAGCUGGUGGGCCCCUAGUCCAUCUACACAACUAUUAAAGGUGCAAGAAACCUGCCUACUUUCACAUCUGCCCCCCCCCCCAAAUUGGGACACCCUGAUUGGGGUAAGGUUAAAGCAUAUUGCAUUGUUCCAGUGGUUGUGGUGAUGGUUCAUUUUUUAUGUGCCACAUACUAUCAAAACAGGAAAAAACCCCAAUCAUGCAACAUGGUUAGAACACAUUAUAAUUAAUAACGCACCAUAAUUAAAAUGCACAAUAAAAGAAUCCCAUUAAGAUGUAAACAACUGUAAUUAAAAUAUUCAAUAAAACAAUCCCAUUAAAAUACGGUAAUUGAAUCAGGUGACUCAGAGCAGGAAAUCAAGAGGAUGUUUGUGUAAACAGUUGGUGUCCAGAGCCAUUUAGAAAACUGCCAGCUACAGAAGUGCAGAGAGAGUGGAAAAGGAGGGGUUAGCAGUGCAGUCCUAGGCAUGUCUACCCAGAGGUAAAUUCCAGUGGAUACAAUGGGAUUUACUGCAAGGUAAGUGUAUUUAGGAAUGCAGCUUUAUUCAUCCUAAUUCAUAACACUGAACUCGGAGUCUCUCGGUGAGAUUGAUUCAGGAUAGAUUAAAAAACAAAGGUAGUUCUUCAUGCAACACCUAACUAAUUUAUGCAAUUCAUUGCCAGGAAUUAUGGUGACUACUAGCUUCAAGGCUUUAAAAGGGAGUUAGAUGACUUCACGAAGAAGAUGUAUCUCAACAGCUGCUAACCAUGGUGGUUAAAUGGAAAAUAUGUGUUUAUUUUCAACUGGGGAGGAAGACUGAGGUCUCAGGAGGGUGGGGAAUUUUUAUUAACACAUUUUAAAUGGUCAAGUCACUCUUUCUCCUCAAGGGCGGUGGACAGUUGAGAUAGUCUACCCCCAGGGCAGAAGUUGUGCCAAAAGUGGAUGCAGAUUUGCAUAGAAUGUGCAUGUCCUAAUAUGUAUAUAGCUACAAAUUUAGAAACAAGUGUCGUGAUAUAAAUAGAAAUACAAUACAUCCCACCAUAGUGAGGAGGACUGUUAUUGAAUGACCUGUGUGUCAGCCUGCUCAGUCUGUUGUCUGGGUGCUAACUGUUGAUGUGCAACUUCAUGGCCCCUGUUCUUCAUUCAUAGGGUUCUUUGUCUCUAAACUUGGCUAUGGAAACCAGGUAGACCUUCAGAUAGAAGUCUGUCCUCUACAUGGUAGGACACAUGGCUAAACUAUCCUCCCCUUCAGGUUGAUGCACCUUGAUGGUUUCAUGAGUACCAUUCUCGAGUUAAAAGUUAGCAUGACUGUUGAUACCCUGGUUGGUCUGUGGAAUAUAUGGAGAUGACCAGGUAUUCCACAUAAUUGCUCCUGAGCUUCAUUUCCUAUUAAAUAAAAAACAGGUUUGACUCCUUGGUGUAUCAUAGAAUCAUAGAGUUGGAAGGGACCACAAGAAUUGUCUAGUCCAACCCCCUGCAAUGCAGGAAUCUUUUGCCCAAGAUGGGGCUUGAAACCCUCACCCUGAGAUGAAGGGUCUCAGUCUCUACCAACUGAGCUACUGCAGAGCAAUGGUACAAAUAUUGUGGGACUCCACCUCUGCUAAGCCCAAGUAAGCAUGGUUUUUGGUCACUGUUGGAAGCAGGAUGUUAAAUCAGAUGGACUUUGGGGCUGAUCCACAAGGAUUCUCCUUUUGUUCUUGUAUAUGCCACACACCAGUGAGCCCCCACCAUGAUGCUACUGAGAGGUCCUUGGCUAGUGCCAACCUGGACCCCUACCCAGCACUGCUGCUGCUGCUUGAAGUGUCUCAAUCCACCUCCCCAGGGUUCAUGGAAGGCACGGUUUGACCACAACUGGGGAUCUAUGGGGUUUCUACUCUGCUGUAUAGGAUUGCAGCCUCUGCGUAGCAACAUUGAGCUGCUGUAUUUGGAAUCAAUUUCCUUCGGAAGUUCACCAGUUCAAAGAAUCCUGGAACGCCUUCAUCCGCUGGAACAAGCCUCAGGCCUCCCAGGAGCUGCUUGGUUAUCUUGAUCUUUUAAUUGCUAUCUCUUGGGCUCUCAUUUGAGAACUCUAUUUAAUUUUAGCCCCAUGUCUUUGAAUGUUUCCAGAGCUUCCUACAGCCUCUGGUUCUGGUCUCCUCAGAUCAAAAUGCCAUCUGUGAAAAGCUUGGUGCUCUGGAUAUCUUCAGAAACAUGCCACUUACCCUCACUGAGCAGACGGCUCUGCAGAAUGCCUCUCAAAGAGGAAUUUGCAGAAAGAAUAUCUCUGAAGUAGGAAGUUGAAAGUACCCAUCAGGGCACGUUCUGUGUCCAAGGGCACUUUGACAAAACACAAGGGAGAUUUCGAAAGGUGGAAAAAUACUCAGCCACAGCCAGCUUCUUAAAUGUUUCUUCUUGCAUUGGCUGUGGAAAAUCCCACCAACUUGGGCACAUCAAGGUACUGAUGCAAUGUUCCAUCUUCUAUUUAUCCAGUUUUGACCAUCUACACUGCUGCCUCUUUUUCCUGCUAUCAGGUGCUUCAGUAGUCUGCCGGAUCAUUCUUGUCUGAAACCCUGGAGGGAUGCCAGUUGGUGCAGACAGCAUUGAACUAGGUGGACUUGGUUUAAGGCAGCUUCCUAUGCUCUUUACUUUUCUGUUUCACAGCUUUGAAUCCAGAGGCUGGUACAAUUUAGCUUUGCCAGUUCCAUGGAUAGUUUCCCUUGGGCCCUAGAACAGGAGUGAGGAAUCUGUGGUCAGGGACGAUGGCACUUCCAAGUUAAGUGCUUAUAACAGUAAUAGGAAACCUGUGGUCCUCUAUGUGUUUUUGGACUCCAACUCCCAUCAACCCCAGCCAACAUUGCCAGUUGUAAAGGAUGAUGGGAGUUGUAGUUUGACAACAACUGGAAGGCCGUAGUUCCUCACCUCUGUCCUACAAUAAUGUUUGGGACAGCAAUCCUAUACCCAUUCACCACUGGACCUGAACCCCACUGAACUCAGUAGAACUUACUUCUGAAGUCUUUUUGCAAUUAACAAGACCUCAGCAUCCAUUUAAUCAAUGAAGUCUUUUGCUUUCAUUUGGACUUAUGCACAUUUAACCUGGACUGUAUGCUAGGAAUGAAUCCUCUGUUCUGUCUAGCAAGUGUGUGGGCUCUGUGCCAUUGAAAUCAGUGGGACUUUGCAUCCUAUGCUCUCUUUUUAAGAAGUAAGCCCCACUGAAUAUGUGGGACUAAAAGCUGAGCAAACAAAUAUAGGAUCAGGCUGUACAAAAUAUUUAGUGCAGGUGAGUUCCGGCACCUCUUUUCCUAGAAAAAUAACACUGCAUAAGCCCCUCAUAUUAUCCUCACAACAGCCCCGUGAGGUCCUUUCAUCUGAAAGAUAGUGACUAGCCCAAGGUCAUACAGUUAAUUUCACACAUAACUGGGGAUUUAAAUUCUCCCAAGUUUUAGUUUUAUACUCUAACCCCUAACCUGGUACCCUUCAUAAUGCAUGGCCCAUGGUCAGGGAUGAUGGAAGCUGGAUUCCUUCUGGAAGGCACCAGGUUGAAGAAAGCUUGUUGGCUCUCAUUAUUCACCUUGCUCAUCUGAGGAUGAGCAUCUAACUUUGCAGAAGUGCUGCAUGCCUCCAGGUGAUGGGUUAACCACACAGAGCUGCUGUAUCCUUCAAGGUCUCUAUGAAGAACUUCUGAUGGCUACAUGCCUCCUUCCUUUUUUUAAAAAAAAUAUUUAUUAGGGUUUAACAAAUACAGAAAAAAGAAAAACAAACAAUAAACAGUUAAAAAACUUCAAAAGUAAAUAAAAAAAGUAAAAAUACAGUAAAGAACAACAGUUACAAUACAUCAACUCAUUAAGAAAGAAAAAACAAAAACAUUUAAAAAGCAAAAACAUUUAAAAAAAAGAAAAAAGAAAAAAAAGGGCCAAUGUUUUCAUGUCCUUAACUUUCAUUUGCUUAUUUCCUUGACUUCCUCACACCUCCCUUUUUGUAUUCUAGUUCAAUUAUCUAUUUCAGCAAAUCCUUUCCCUCUUUCUCAGAUUUAGUUCCAUAAUUUAUCUUAACACAAUUUAGCCUUAAAUUUUACACCUUUACCCAUAAUCAAUCCAUUCUUACUUAAUUCUCAAUAACAUUUCUACUAAAGCCAUAUAUCUUCUUUCUAGUAUCCUUCUAACAUUCAUUAAUUUUACAAUAUUUCUGUAAGUAUACUUUAAAUUUUUUCCAAUCUUCUUCCACCAACUCUUCUCCCUGGUCUCGGAUUCUGCCAGUCAUUUCCGCCAGUUCCAUGUAGUCCAUCAGCUUCAUCUGCCAUUCUUCCCUGGUAGGUAGAUCUUGUGUCUUCCAGUGCUUUGCGAUGAGUAUUCUUGCUGCUGUCGUAGCGUACAUAAAGAAAGUUCUAUCCUUCUUUGGCACCAAUUAGCCGAUGAUGCCCAGGAGGAAGGCCUCUGGUUUCUUCAAGAAGAUAUAUUUAAAUAACUGGUGUUAUGUACCACCUAUAGAUCAUUUUCAUUAAAUUCUCUUUUAAGGCAUUACAUGCCGUAAACUUCAUACCUGUGGUCCAUAACUUUUCCCAGUCAGCCAUCAUAAUGUUAUACCCAACGUCUUGUGCCCAUUUAAUCAUAGCAGAUUUCACCAUUUCAUCUUGUGUGUUCCAUUUCAACAGCAAGUUAUACAUUCUUGACAAAUUCUUAACUUUAGAAUCUAACAAUUCUGUUUCCAAUUUUGAUUUUUCCACUUGGAAGCCUAUUUUUUAAUCCACAUUAUAUACCUCCAUUAUUUGAUAAUAAUGGAGCCAGUCUCGCACUUUAUUUUUUAAUUUUUCAAAACUCUGCAAUUUUAGUCUGUCUCCCUCUUGUUCCAUGCCUCCUUCCUGUCCAGCCCAGCAGUGCAAAGGUGAUGUGAUGGCCUCACCCCCGGAGCACAACGGAAACUCAGCUUAUGUUUAUCGCACUACAAUGUGACCAAUGGUGUUAGUUAAAGUGGAAACUGUGCACAUAGUUGUGUGACUGGUCCCCGAAUGCAGUCGAAUUGUAAUAACCAGGAAUGUAUGAGGGUGGGACCUUACUUGAGUGGGUCAAACCCACAUACUAAGGAACAUGCAUGACUAGGCUCCUCGUUCCUACCUCUACACCUCAAAAUCUAGGUCAUUGCUUCCCCUUUUCUGACCAUAUAUUUAGCAAUGGUAUUGCACGUGCACUGUAGCAUAGAUAAAGAGUUUCCAGGACAAAAUGGGUGGGACUUCCCUUUUUUGUCCAGACAUGAGAAAAUAAGAUAAAAAUAAAAGAAUGGUUUACCACAGACUAGUGGCUGUGUUUGGAAAGAAAACACAGGACUCAGCUAUACAGUUGCAAAUGAAACAUUUUAAGUGUGUUUUAAGUGCAGUAUACAAUGAGACACUAAAUGGCGGUGGCCAUUGAAUUUAUGGAAAAUUCAAUGUAUUUUUAUUAUUAUUAUUUUUUUAAAGCAUUUUCAGAAUGGUUUUUAUAUGUGUGUAGAUUCCACCACAAUGUGUGAAAAGCAUAAGGAGCCAAAGUCAGUCCAUAAGGGGGGGGGGGACUCCAAAAUGCAAGGCUGGGCAUAAACCUUUGUUAGGACCAACCAAAAUGUCAUGAAAUUGAGGUGAGCUUUCAGACUCUCUAGAAUUCUUCAGCAGGCAGGGUGUUACCUAAAACAGGAGAAGGAGGGAAAAUAAUAAAGCAAAAAGGUACAAAAAUUAGGCUGGAUGUUGUAGCCAUGGGUCAGUUCCAAUAUGGGGUUUGCAAACUGAAUAUGUCCCUGCCAGGUAUUACAGGUAUCAGAUUACUCCUCUAGGAUUGUGGAAUAAAGAAGCAAUGACUGUUCCCCAUUUCCAAGAACAGCCCUGCAUCUUAAUCAAAAUACCAGUUCCUGUUAGGUACAACAUGUGAAGUAUGUUUUCAAUGUCAUUAAAGCAGGUAUAGCUUGAAAAAUAAAUCAAAAGAGGACUCCAACGUGGUUUAAAAUGUAUCAUGAUAUUGGAUGCCUCCAGACUUGCAUUACUUUGCAGAGGGAUUCAAGAGGACACCAGGACACCAGGUUUUGCACAAUUAAAGGGCUCUGUUGGCCUAGUGCAACAAAUCCACUUUAAGGCAGAAGUGAGCUUUUGGCUGUUUGAAAAGUGAUAGCAUUGAAAAGCAAAGGAUGAACAAAAGACGAAUGGGAAGAUGCAUACACAACGCACAGUAACUCACAUAACCACCCUGCAAACAAAUUGGAAUAAAUGCUCAUUAAAGACUGGAGACAAUACUUUUGCCUAAGCUUUGUGCAAGCAAGUCAGAAUAAAUGCUCAAUAAAUACAGGUAGGUAGCUGUGUUGGUCUGACGCAGUCGAAACAAACAAACAAACAAAUGUAUGUCCAGUAGCACCUUAGAGACCAAAUAAGUUUGUUCUGGGUAUAAGCUUUUAUGUGCACACACAUUUCUUCAGAUACACUGAAACAGAAGUCACCAGACCCUUAUAUUAGUGGGAGGGUGGGGUGGGGUUUUUCUCAGAAGGGUGGUGGGAGAUGAGUGAUUGACUCAAUGGGCAUGGUAAACCUGUUGACGACUGUUAACGACUGCAAUUAGUCAUACAUGAAAAAGCAAGGGAUAGUAUGCAGAUGACCAAAGAUAGCUUUAGCAUAUGUAAUGAGACAAGAAUCCAAUAUCUCUUCUGUUUCAGUGUAUCUGAAGAAGUGUGCAUACGCAUGAAAGCUUAUACCCAGAACAAACUUAGUUGGUCUCUAAGGUGCUACUGGACUAUUUAUUUAUUUAUUUAUUUAUGCAUGCAUGCUCAAUAAAUAAGUUGCCUGGAGGAGUCCUUUUAUAAUACUUUUUUUUUUUUUUGCUAUCAUCAUCUAAAGAAGUUAGCAUUUGCUGCAGUUUAACAGUUACCCCCAAAUCUGUCAUCUGAAAAGAGGGUUACCUCAGUCUAUCUAAUGGUGCAGCUAUUCCUGAUUCCCACAAGGAAAAUAGAUAUUGUGAUUUCUGAAAACUGUUGAAUUCAAAGUCCAGUCUGAAUACCCAAUUCCGUUUUUACAAACGCUGCAGCCUUCAGAGAAAGAGAAUCUUGAUGCUGCUGACAUUUAUUUUCAGCUACUGCAACAGCUUCCCAUUUAUUGUCAGAAUCUUGCUGAGUGCUCUGAGUAAUCUUUAUUUAACUAUGGAGCUGCUGGCCCCCAGACCGCUACUUCUUCUUCUUCUUGGUCUGUAGUGAAUCAUUCUGUGGUUUUCUCAUCUCUGACAUCACCCACCCAGUUUCCUAAGAAUAAAAGAGGAACUACGUACAACCUACAGUAACAUCUAUGUGUAGCCACUGGUUGAUAAAUAGCAAGGCCUCCUCUGCCCCUUUAAAAACCACCAACACCUUAGCUGCCACCACCGCUCCUUAAAAAUGGGAGUCAGGGUAUGCAAGCCCAGUCAAGGGGCAUUUCCACCAAAGAUCUAAUGUAAAUGUUAGGAUCUGGAAUGCUUUUGCACUGGGUGUGAAUUUGUAAUUGUUUGCUAAUUUCAGCAAAAUAUUUAUCUGAUUUGGAUUCUUCCCACUCCAGGAUGCUUUGGAAGGAAAUUAUGGACUUGGUAAUAUUUUGGGAGCGAUACUUCUAGUAGUUUGGAGAGAGGGUCAUGGGGAGAAUUUUAGGGCAACAAUCCCUAUGUGUGUUUUUAGUCUUUUUGGCUUGUAUUUACCUCAUAAACCAUAACAUGGGCCCUGCUGGAUCAAACCAAAGACCCAACUAGUCCAGCAUGCUGUUUUCUCAAUUACCAACCAAGAUACCUGUGGGAUGUCUACAAGCCAGACAUGAACACCAUACAUUCUUCCCACUUGUGUUCCCCAGCAACCACCUCUGAUACUGAUAGGGAUGUUUCCAUCAUGGUUUGUAGAUACUGAUUGCCUGAUACUCCAUGGAUUGGCCUAAUCCCUCUUUUAAAGCUAUCCAAGUUCAUGACCAUCACACUAUCUUGUGUAGCGAACUCCAUAGUUUAAGAACGCAGGAUACUUUCAAGUCCCCAAACCGCUUUUAAGACUUUAAGGAACAGUUUGUGGGAACAGCGGGGGAUGCGGGUGGUGCUGUGGUUUAAACCACUGUGCCUCUUGGGCUUGCUGAUCAGAACGUCGGCGGUUCGAAUCCCCACGACGGGGUGAGCUCCCAUUGCUCGGUCCCUGCUCCUGCCGACCUAGCAGCUCGAAAGCACGCCAGUGCAAGUAGAUAAAUAGGUACCGUUCCGGUGGGAAGGUAAAGAGUGUUUCCGUGCGCUGCUCUGCUUUCGGUGUUCUGUUGCAGCAGAAGUGGCUUAGUCAUGCUGGCCACAUGACCCGGAAAAACUGUCUGCAGACAAACGCCGGCUCCCUUGGCCUGUAAAGCGAGAUGAGCGCCGCAAUCCCAGAGUCGUCUGCGACUGGACUUAACUGUCAGGGGUCCUUUACCUUUACCUUUACCUUUUGUGGGAACAGCACCUGAAGGACCAGCUCUGAGAAAAUGUAGGUGGUCUAAAUGUCCGUAUCAGACAAGGAGUGGUGAGACCUGGGUUGAAAUCCCCACUAAGCCGUGAAGCUCACUCAAAGGUCUUGGGUUGACUGCUGAUUCUACCCCAUAGAGAAGUUAUUAGGAUAAAAUGGGUUUGUGUGUUUCCAAGAGAACCUUGUAUGCUGAGUUGUUCAGAAGACGAGCAGCUUGAAAUGUGCAGGUCAAAAAAUGGCCAUGUUCUCUUCUGGAUCAUAUUCUUGACAUUCAGAGCAAUCUCGGGUGGGAGUAAAAAAAGUUUAUUUUUCUUUCAGGCACAUCAGAUUUAAAUGAAACCGAGGAAGCUGAGCUACAGACUAUCAAAAAGCAUAAGGAAGAGCUGCUGGCAGACAUCCAGGUGGGCACCACCCCAAGAGCAGUUAGGCCAAGUCUUCCUCAACCUGGUGUUAGACUACAAUUCCCAUCAGCCCCAGCCUGCAUGGUGAAUGGAAUGGGAUGAUAUGAACUGUAGGCCAACAUCGUCUUCAGGUUGGCAGUGGCUGCAGCAUUGCCAGAAUUAUGACUAUCGCUGGGAAGGGUCCAAACACAAGAAGCUUCCUUAUUCUAUGACAGACCACCAUUGGUCCAUGUAGCUCAUUAUUGUUGAUGCUGCUUGGUAGUGACCCUCUAGCAUUUUAGACACGAGUCUUUUCCAACUGUACCUGAAGAUGGUGGAAAUUGAAUCUAGGACCUUUUACAUGUAAAGCAUGGGCUCUGCCACUGAGCUAUGGCCAGGGCAGGCCCACCCAUGAGGCCAGGUGAAGCAACCACCUCAGACGGCAGGAUCCACGGGGGCAGCAGAUCCCAAUGUAGAGCUCUCUGUUAGGUUUCUGUUUAUGCCACUGUGCAGUUUUUAGAGUCACAAGACUCUGUUGACAUUCCAGACUGUUGGAAGUCUCACGGGAGACAGGAGACGGAUGUUGAUGUUACUGGUUUCCUGUUUUUUUGUUCCAGUUGCUCACUGACUCUCACAGAGAGAAGAUGCAUAUUCUUUUCUGUCCUGCGUAGUUAGAAAUAAACGUAGCGAUGUAGCACAUAUUUCCAGCUCCUUCAGCUGUUUGUAUACUCUGCGUAAUGAGGGAACAUGCCUGAAGCCUCAUUAAAGGGUUAGGUCAUUAAUCACCUUCGGAGGAGAGCCAUUACAGCUCGGCCAUAUGCAACAGAACCUCCAACACUUUCUUCCCUCUUUGUUCCUUCACUCACCCCUUCUUCUCUGGCCAGAGUGGGGGCAGCAUUUGGUGGUUCGCUUCAGGUGCCAAAAUGUCUUGGGCUGGCCCUGGCUAAGGCCCUUCCCCCAAGGCCAAGGCCACACCUUUCCUCCCAAAACACACAUUCAUCAUAAUCACGGAUGCAGCCCCAGGGAAAGAGUCCCAGCCUUGUUGCUAGAAGACUUGUGACCAACCAUCUCUAUUCAGUCUCUGGCUUGCAAUGUAUCUUUAAAAAAAAUUAUUGACUUGCUACCAAAUCAAUUAUAUUUGUGAUUUGCUUUAUAAUUUUUAUUGAUUUGCUACCAAAAAAAAGUGCAAACAUAACAAAAAGAAAGAAAAUGAAGAAUAAAAAAAAUAUAAGCCAUAGCCUGGAAGGACAAAACCCCAUAGAUACAAUGCUACUCCAAAGGGACAAAAAAAUAGUUUAACAGUCAGUCAUUUCCUUACAGGGAGCUCUGGGAAAUGUAGCUCUGUGAAGGGAAUAGGGGGUCUCCGAACAACUCUCAGCACCCACAACAAACUCUAGCUCCCAGAAUUCUUUGGCUGAAGCUACAAGUGCUUAAAAAGUAUGGUGUGAAUGUGGUCUCAGUCUCCUUCUGCAGAUGUUAUUCAUCUGUAAAAUGGGAAUAACCACAGCAACCUCCCCCUAAUGACUGCCUCAAGGAUAAAGAUUGUACAGCAGUUACCAGGGCUGAAUCCACAGCAAACAGUUUCUGGGGAAACUACUAAAUGUUUUGACCACUUGAUGGACAGCUGACUUUAAAAACAAACCAGCGGUAUGGGUUCCCUUCAGAUGAGAGCGAAGUGACUGUAACAAGCCCCAAGUCUAUUUUAGUAACCAAGUGUAACUGGUCUUUACUUCCUUUUCACACGUCAGACUUCUGCAGUGAAUACCUAUUCUGUGUGCUGUUCUUUCUUCUCUCACCCCUCCCCUCCCCUCCCCUCAUUCUCUCUCUUUUCUCUCAUUUAUAGAGGCUAAAAGAUGAGAUUGCAGAAGUGUUUGAAGAGAUAGAUCGUUUCCAGCAAACACAAACAAGGUGAGGAGCCAGGGAUGUUCCACAAGGAGGAGGGAUGGGAAUCUUCUGGCUCUCUAGAUAUGUAGGACUCCAGCUCCCAUAAGCCUUAGUUAGAAUGAUCAAUGAUCAGGGAUGAUGGGAGUGGUGGUCACGACCACGUUAAGUGUUUAUAGCUUUAUGGGAGACCCUAUAUUUCCUGGUUAGCUGAUAACUAACCCAUGUUGUCUGAAUACCAGGUGUAUGAUGCUCUCUCUUUGUGUUCUUCUGAAAGAGAACCUAAUCUACUGUACAAAUUUCUUUAUAUUUGAAAAAAUAAUGAUGAUGGGCUCAUGUGUUUCAGGUGACAAAGAAAGGAACCAAGUUAAACAUUAUUAAACCAUGGCAUAUUCCUUUCACCAACAUUCCCAGCGACGAUCUGUGAACCAUGUUUAUUUCCCAGCAUCUCCCAAUAAACAGAUUUUCUUUAAUUUCCAAAAUAAGAUACCUAACCUCUAAGUCAGGGUUGAGCCCCCUACUUUUGACUCCCACUGUAUUUUGGGCUGUGAGCCUGAACUGCUUUGAACUGUGUAUCACUCUGAAAUAGCAUUUCAUAUAAUCUUUACUCCAUUACAUCAUAAACAGAAAAUAUCAACCGUAGUAUCUUUAGCAGCUGAUCAGCUAGGUUUCCUCUGAAUCUGUUAUCAGCACCAUAUGUCUCUGUGAGUCUAAGAAUGUGCUAUAAGUGUAGUUGUGGCACUGCCAGAAAAAUUGCCAACUAAAAACAAAGCAAAAAGGGGACUGCGUUUAAGAAAAUAAACAAAAAGCAUGAGACUAAAGAAUAAAUCUAUCCUGUGCAAAUAAAUCUAGCCCAUGUUUUAAACAUAUACUAUUAUGAAAGUUGGCAUAGAAGACUGUGUACAGUAUAUACAAAAAUAUAGAUGAUUUACACUGGAAAUGUCUAACCAGGUUCAGGAACACCCAAGAUGCUACAAUAAGAAUUCUAAAAAAGGAGUGCAAAGGCAUUAAAAUGAAUCUAUAUAUCCCUAAUAUUCAUAGCAAAUUCUUGGAAAGCCUGAUGUGAGAUAACUAUGCCGUCUUGCAUGGGGCAAACAAUAAAAGUGAUAUACUGGUACAUGCCAGUCUUUAGAACAAUGUUCUUCAACACUGAGUCCCCAGAUGUUGUUGUACUACACCUCCCAUCAUCUCUGGUCCAAGUGGCUGAAGGUUAUGGGAACUGUAGUCCAACAACAUCUGGGAACCCAAGGUUGAAGAACACUUUAGAGCAGAACAUGGUUAGCAGACCCUUGCAAUGUUAGCUACUGCUCAUUUACAUCCAAGUCAAUGAGGUUGAAAUGCCAUGACUCCAAGUCUCAGUAAAGUGCCAGGGCUUGAGUGGAUGGACUCUUGAAUGGCCCAUCUUAAGGGAAAUACAUUUUAAAAGACAUCUGAAGGCAUCCCUGUUCAGGGAUGUUUUUAGUGUGUGAUGUUAUAUUGUGCUUUUACUAUUUUUUGCUGGGAGCUGUCAAGACUGGCUGGGGCAACCCAGGUGGAAUCUACACACAUAUAAAAAAAGUUCUGAAAAUGCUUUUUUAAAAAGCACUUAAAAAAAAUAAAAUACAUUGAAUUUUCCAUAAGGAAAUUUCACCAUCUAGUGUCACAUUGUAUAUUGCACUUAAAACACACUUAAAACAUUUGCAGCUUACAGCGGAGUCCCCAGUAAGAUGGGUGGCACAUAAAUAAUAAUAAUAGUUGUUGUUAGGUGAAUGGGGAAGCUGUCCAUUCAAAGGGAUGAACCAUUCAAAUGUGCAUUUUAAUAUGUUGGCCCUGUUGAAAAGCUACACACUGUAACCUUGGUGGGGGUAGCCAAUGCUGUGAUGUGUAUUAAUUAUUGUUCAGAAUGGGCCAAAGUACAUGUCACAUGCGAAAACAUGUAACAGUAACCUGAUGGUCUCCCCCACCCCACACCUUUGGAUGAAAAGCUGUCGGAGCAGGAAAGAAGUGGGAGCAGGGAAACAGUGGAGGGUGCCUAACCCUUUCCCUAUGGGUGGUUCCCCUAAUUCAAGUAUACACACAAAUGCCCACCAAGCUACCAUAAGCCAUGAUCCUACAUCAUGUUUAAUUUGACCCUGCGGUCUGGCUCAGGCUGGAGGAAGGUGAGCCAUAAAUGGGUUCAGUGCCAAGACAAAUUGGCAAAAUGGUGGAGCAUCUCCUGACCGAGCCAGAAUUGAGGAGAUUUGGAUUAUUUUGCUGGGAAGUCAGCAAGCACCCAGGAGGAAAAGUCUAAAAGUCAUAGGCUGCUCUUCUUCAAUCUGUUCCAUAUUUAAUCAAAUCUCAUCUUGGUUUUUGCAGCAAGCUGGUCCAGAGGGAUAAAGAAAUGUGCGUUGGACGGAAGAAAUUUAACAUGGACCCUACUAAGGUCAGGUCAGGUCUAUGUGUAUUUGUACUGUAUAAGUGGAGAUUGACUAUUACAUGUAAAAUUCAAGAUCUGGAGUUUUCGUUUAAAAAGAAGCAAGUUUCUAGUCCCUAAGGUUGUAAAGCUUUUGUUUUUAAAGAACAGAGUAGGCACAGGCCUGCAGAAGACUCAUCAGUGCGGUUCCUAAAUCAUAUUCAGAUGUCCUCUCACGUGACUUUACAAUCACCUGGAAGGAAGGUGGGGCUGUCGCAUCCUCAGUUCCUACUGCCUACAAGCAUUUUGCGGGGAGGGAGUCACAUUUGUUGAGAGGAGAUUGCUGUAUGUACCUACGAUGCUGCUGUGAUCUGGAUAGACAGGUCCAUGUGUGGAGACACAACAGUGCCCUUAGUUCAGUGGAUGCAGCCCCACCCUUCACCGCCAUGUGAUUCUUAAUCACAUAAGCAAAUGUCCAAGUGCUCGGAGAACUUUUUGGAUAUAUAUUCAGUUAAGCCUAACUUCUCCAAAGACGGCCAGCAGUUAAGCUAAAAGAUAUAUGACAUUUCAGAAAUUGAUAAUGAAGGCAACGCAGACAGUUUUCAAUAGGAGACGACACCAACAGAGAAGGCAUCUCACAAUCAUGGCUCUUAGAUGUUGUGGCUACUUGGAGUCUGUCACAAUCUUGACAGCAGAAAAGGUGGAGUCCAAGAACAAAGGAAGUCCCUUUCACUGAGUCAGACCAUUGCUCCGGCUAGCUCCAUGUCUUCUACACAUUGUGGCCUGCCUUUCCGUCUGGUGGUGCUGUUGCUUAAUGCAAGCUCAGUCCACAAUAAAACAACUCUCAUCCACAAUUUGAUGGUGGAUGAGGUGGCUGUUCCAGUGUAAAUCUCAGACACCUGGACUAGUGACUUUGCCCAGCUUUUCUCACCUGGGUAUUCAGUGCAGCACCAGUCCAGGUUGGUUGGAGUGUGGCAAUGAUCCAUUGAAACCCCACAAUUCUCCCCAGGAGGCAGACAUGCUGUUGGUGUCGGGAGGCAGAGACGGAACAGACUGUCACUAUAUUCAAGCGGGAUUUGAAUAUAGCUAAACUCAAUUUAGAGCUCUUGUGCAAUAAACCCACUUCCAAAAUAAUCAAAAUGUCAUUUGCGAUAAGGAAAGUGACAGGAAAAUGCACAGGGACAAAUGGCAUUUGUUUGAUGCAACGUGGUCUCUGACCUCCCUGCAAAACAAUUAGAACGAAUGCUCGAUAGAGAUGCAGAAUGAAGAGGAACUAUUAGGAAGGACUGAAAAAUCAGCAACAAGAGGCAGAACAGAACUAUUGUAAGAAUUCUUCUUCACCAGGAAUAUAUGACACCAUCCUCAAUUCUUCUCUCUGGAAUUGAAUGGAAAUGUUCUAAGGACGCCCAGAGCACUAUCACCUCCCUUAUAGUCCAACCCCAACCAAUGUUGCAACAGCCAAAAAUGGAGAGGCAGUGUAGCAUAGUGGUUAGAGAGCCAGACUGGGACCUGGAAGACCAGGGUCCAAAUCCUCACUUGGCCAUUCAGCUCCCUGGUGAUCUUGGGCCUUUCACUACCUCACAGGGUUGUUGUGAGGAUUAAUGAGGAGACGUAGAGCCAUGUAUACCACCUUGAGCUCUUUUGAGAAAAAGGUGAGCUAGAAAUGCAACCUAAAUAAAUAAAUAAAUAAAUGUCACCUUAAAAAGAAGAUGGGAACAUUAAAAAGAGACCUGGAGUGUCUCCCUCCUCUGGGUGGUUCAUGCAGCAUCUACUUUAGAAAGAAAACCAAAAACAACAAUAAAAGUAUUUGCAGCCCUCUUAACCAGAAGCUCUUGGUCUUGCGCCAUCUUUCUACAACAAGCCCUCAUUUAGCACAGCAAGAGAGAGACCUGCAAGGAAAGUCGAUGAGGCCCAAGCCCAGAACUCACCUUGGCUGGACUGAAGAGAAUUGAAGUUGUGUCUGCUCUUAUCUCUCUUUCUCUGGCCUAAUUACAUCUGUGCAGUCUAUCAGCCCGAACCCAGUCUUCACUGCACUCCCUGCCAAACCGUUCCUUUCAAAAUACUCCCAACUUAAUUACUCCCCUCUUACUGUCAGUGCUGCAGUCAGGAUCAGAAGCUCCACAAUUAAGCAGUAGCUAAGCCUCAGCAGAGCAGCAGAUACACUGGUGGGGAAAGGCAUCUCUGGGGUGUAGUGGAUGGGAAAUGUCAGGAAGUGCAGCCCUAGUCCUUUGAAAGCAGUGAUGUUAACUGCUAGAGCUCCACAGUAAACAAUGGGACUUCCUUGCUCCUCAAAAUGAAUGAGGCAAUAAUGAGGCUUUCAAGUUUGACUGUUGUUUGUGACCUGUUAGCUUUGAGGAAAUUAGGGAACCAUGCCAGCAUACUAAUAUAUGCCUGCCAGCUGAUCGUAAUAAAUUGGGUUUUGUGCCAUCCUAAUGAAUUGGGUUUUAUGCUCUGUGUGUCUGUAAUGGAUUAACACAAAACCUUCAGUUUUUGGACUCUAUAGUGGUACCUCGGGUUAAGAACUUAAUUCAUUCUGGAGGUCUGUUCUUAACCUGAAACCAUUCUUAACCUGAGGUACCACUUUAGCUAAUGGGGCCUCCCGCUGCUGCUGUGUCACCGCGGCUCGAUUUCUGUUCUCAUCCUGAAGCAAAAUUCUUAACCCGAGGUACUAUUUCUGGGUUAGCGGAGUUUGUAACCUGAAGCAUCUGUAACCCGAGGUAGCACUGUAAUUUUGGACAUGGAUAAGGGAGCUGUCCUGAUGAGCUUCUGCACUUCGAAGUGGACCAUUCUAAUAGUGGGCAUAUUAUAUGCUACCAUGGUAGGGUUAACUGCUUCUGAUAACUGUGGCACUAAAAUACAGUUGAAAUUAUUCUGGAGGCAGGUAAGGAAUGUUGAUUAGGGUUGAGGCUCUUUUCUUUUGCCCUGUUGGCAUCGCUGAUCACCUAGGUUUUGCAGGUUUUGAAGCACUGCGACUACAAACCAGCAGAACCUGUUUACAGUAUUUGACUAGAGAAUGAUGUCCAGAACAAAUUACCAUCCUUCCUUCAUCAUAUAAGAGUCACUAUAAAAAUAUAAAUAUAAAGCACAGCACCUAUAUUUAAUUCCAAUAAAAUAUCCAGUGUAAGGAGUAUAAACACAGUGAUAAAUCGGAAACAGCUGAAUGAAUUUAACAAAAUGAAAGUGCAAGAAGGGUGUUGCAUGGGCAAAGAGAAUUUUAGAGAGCUGGUGCCAGGCAGGUAAAGUAUACAUUUUUGCAUAUAAGCAGUAUAUAAAUGUGUAUUAUUACUAUUAUUGACUCCUUCAUGAUAAUCGAGUCUGCUUUUCACAAACAGGGCAUCCAGUAUCUGAUUGAACACAAAAUACUGUCAUCAAAUGUGGAAGAAAUUGCCAAAUUCCUUUACAAAGGAGAAGGCCUCAACAAGACAGCCAUUGGAGAUUACUUGGGAGAAAGGUGAAUACUCUUUCUUUCUCUCUCUUUUCCCCAUACACCUGAAAUCAUUUCUCCCACUGCAAUAAAUAAAUAUUAAUGGUGGAAAACAAUUUCAAGUAGAGAAAUAUUUCAUUAUUUUCAUAAUACUUCAUAAUUUAGAAAUGUUCUUUUCUUAUAUUUAUAUCCACCUUUCUUCCAUUCUGAAAUACAAGGCAGUGUACUGACAGUCCCCAGGCUGUUACUCUAUCCAAGCGGCACUGUGGUCUAAACCACUGAGCCUCUUGGGCUUGCUGAUCAGAAGGUUGGCGAUUCGAAUCCGCACAAUGGGUGAGCUCCUGUUGCUCUGUCCCAGCUCCUGCCAACCUAGCAGUUUGAAAGCAUGCCAGUGCAAGUAGAUAAAUAAGUACUACUGUGGCAGGAAAGUAAAUGGCGUUUCCGUGCUCUCUGGUUUCUGUCAGGGUGUUCCAUUGUGCCAGAAGCUGUUUAGUCUUGCUGGCCACAUGACCCGGAAAGCUGUCUGUGGACAAACGCUGGCUCCCUUGGCCUGAGAGCAAGAUGAGCAUUGCAACUCCAUAGUCGCCUUUAACUGGACUUAACCAUCCAGGGGUCCUAUACCUUUACCUUUACUUUUACCUUUACCAUUACCAAGGACUAUAAGAUAGUAUUUCUCUCUUGAGCCUCAUACGCCUUCGGAACAAGCUGCUAGCCAUGAUGGUUGUGUGCGCCUUCCACUGUCAGAGGCAGUGCAACAAAUCCACAAUAUAUAUUUUGCAGUUGAGUGAUGGGAAAAUGUUUGAAAAGUGUGGGAUGAACAAAUUGUUAAUAAGAAAAUGUCUUAACACCCCACAAAUCAGGAUGAAUGUCCAUUGUGGUAUAACCACUCUGCAAACAAAUCAGAACAAAUACUCAGUAUAGACUGGGCAUAGUCUAACCUCCUCAUAGGCUUUGUGAAAGCAAAUCAGAAUGCAUGUUGAAUAAACAAGUUAGGGGUGAAUAACCUUCCUCUUUGCUUUCUCCCCAUCUCACACUGUUAUUUUUCUUCCACCAGGGAUCCACUGAACCUCCAGAUUCUGCAGGCCUUUGUAGAAUGUCACCAGUUUGCCAAUCUCAACCUUGUACAAGCAUUAAGGUAUGCUCUAAGCAAAGCAUUAAACACUUACAGAUGGAGAAAUUCAAUUCCAUUUGUAUUUAAAGGUGAACUUACCUAAUUCACCAUUUCUGAAACAACAUGCAUACUGAAACACAACCUUCCUUCAAGAUUUGCACUUCUCUGACUUUUACAGUGCUGUUUUCCAACUUAGUAUGAUGUACAAAAUUGCAUAUACUAGAGUAAAAUGCACAUGCAGUUGCAUAUACGAGUGAAAAUAGUGUACAAACAUGCAUUUUAUGGGGGGAAAUUUCAUACAAAAAUGUGUCUAUUCAGAACAAUUUGCCCUAAGAUGCUGAUGAAUUUUCAUGAGGAAACUUUUAAACAAAGAAGCAACAGCCUGCAAACCGAUGUUUAGACGUGGAGAACUAAACUUAAGAUUGGAAAAAUGAUUGACAGAGAGAAGCUGAAAUGGACAUUUUCACACAUUCCUGCCUGCAGUAUCCUAUGCUGAUUUGAGGACAGGUGCUGUGUCUCCCUCUUGACACUUCAUGAUGGACACCCUUUUGGAUAAAAGAAAUCCAGGUGCUGCUGAGCCAGAAUAGUUGAACUUGGAAAGUCUGGGUUUUCAAUUCAUGCAGCCACCCUUUAACUCAUGGAGAGCUGAAACAAAGAAGAAGAUGAUGAACCAGAGGCUCAUGGUUUGGCAGGGAAUUCCCUCUCCUCCCCAUGUGAUUGUUAUAGGGCUUUGUUGAAGCUAUACAUUCCGGUUCUUGUUGCUCUUUGAACUAACUGGUAACGACUUCAUCUCACAUCAAAUGAGCUAAAACUGGUACUGGAAAAUCUACUGUUUCCCCAGAUCCCUAAUACCGGAUUAUCUAGCUGACUGAGAAUCUGCUCUUGGUGACAAUUUGUUGGAGGAGAUAGCUUCCCUUUUGCACUUUGACGUUUUCUCCAAAUGCUUAUUUGUCAACAUUAGGUGGGUCUUGCUUGUGGAGAAGACAUCUUGGAGCAGAGUUGCUUUGAGAUAAUUCCUGAGAAGGGAGCAGUGAGGAUGAGGAACUGAUACAAUAUUGACUCAGAGCUGCUGAACACAUGAUGAAUUUCCUGCUCCAAAAUCAGCCAAUCAGCUUAUUGUAUACCCUUUGCUUUCACCUAAAAACCAAAGCAAGAACUUUUCAAGAAAAUAGUCAUUAAGAAUGAAAUACAUUUUGAGUCAUUCAUUACGUGGAAUUUGAAUAAGAUGAUACAUACAAAGAGACAUAGAACAAGUUGCAUAGAUCCUGCUCCAGCACAAAAGAUGAUUCCACAUUUAUGUAAUUCAUGCUGUGUGGCAAGUAGUGGUCAAAUGCACUUUCCACAGAUGUGAAGAACCCAUGAAUUACCCAUGUACAGCAUCACAUGAGACAAUCUGUCAUUAAAAUUCCAUAAAGAGACUCCAUGUUGGCUUCUAGUAAACUGGCCCUCAAGAGUUUCAACUUUUUGUAGGAAGAUAUGUAGUCUAAUCAAAUAGGAUCAAAUGGAAUGAAUAUUAAUACUUUCUUCAAUUCAGUAACCUCCAGCCAGUUGUUAAGAGAAUUCAAGAUUUCCAGGAUUGAUACCAGUUUCAGUGGAAGACUCUCCCAUCCUUAUGCCAAUUAGCAGACUCUGAUGGUUUGGUUUCUCAUUCCCAGACAGUUCCUGUGGAGCUUCCGGUUGCCUGGGGAGGCACAGAAGAUUGACCGUAUGAUGGAGGCCUUUGCCAACCGGUAUUGUCAGUGCAACCCAGGAGUUUUCCAGUCAACAGGUAGCUGAGAGGAAGGCUGUGAGAUGGAAGUUGUCAAUGUGGUGCCCUCCAGAUGAUGGGCUCCAACUCCCAUCAUGCCUCUCCAUUGGCCAUGCUGGCUGAGGCUGAUGGGACUUAUAGUCCAUAACAUCAGAAGGGUGCCUCAUUGGCUACGCCUGAUGCCGGGAAACAUUUAUGCAGGAUUUUGUCAAAAUGAAUCAAAGGGUAGCCCUAGUAACCACUGGGCUGCUCUGGUUGAGCUCUUCUUCCCUAGUUUUUUGGGGGGGGGCUCUCCCCUGAAAUUUUGUUUGUCUUAACCCCUCUGCCGAACCACACACUGACCCCAUGCUUCCACAAGCUAGCACCCCAGUCCCCCCACUGCUGGCCAUCUUUCCCCUUCCUUCAGCUACUCCCAUGCUCCAACCGUGGGUAUUUCUAUUAAGGCUGGGCUGAAAUCCCCCUGGAGUUUCCUAAAAAAAUACCCUCCCGGCCAUGAAAAUAAGGUGCAAUUUUCAGGUGCUUUCUUGGGGUAGAGUGGGAAAAAGUUCUAUAGAGAUUUGGGGAGGGGGCUACUUGGUUCUGCCAGGUAAUGAGGCUAGUCGGAAGGUGUGGAUAGAGCCUCACGUCACUUCUCAGUAGAACCACAGUCCCUUUGCAGUGAUGCAACACAACACAAUGUCUCUGAAGACAUUCUAGGAAGUGGGCCAGGCAGGAAGCUGUGGAGAGAGCCCUGUGCUGCUGUGAAAAGCAUGGGGCUGUAAAAGAAAAAGAAAAAUCAAGGAAAAAUUAAAAAUCCUUGGUUACCUUGUAAAGCUAAAUAAGGCCAGUUUGGAUUUCUUCCUGGAGGAUUUGAAAAAAAAUUCUUACCCCUCCAGUUUUUUGCAAGACUCAAAUUUCCACAAAUGUGUUCUUUUUCUUACUACUAUGUGUACAUAAAAACGUAAGAGCUGGCCUGUAGCCCAUCUAGUCCAUCAUUCUGCUCCCACAGAGGCCAACCAUUUGCCUGUGGGAAAUCACCAAUAGCCUUAUCCUCCAUGAAUCUGAUGGACCCUCUUUUAAAGCCAUCCAAAUUGAUAGCUAUCACUGCCUCCUAUUUCAGGAUAAUCAUAGAGAACCACAACUGAAUAUGAACACUGAGCUUAGGAAGCAAGCCUGUUGUAUUCAACUGCAUCUACCCAAACUAAAGAUUCUCUUUGAAGCUUGCCACAAUGCCUAUUCUUCGAGCUUCCUAGAAAUCAUAGGCUUUAGGCACACCACUCACUCGCUUGUUUCCUUUCUUUGGCAGACACCUGCUAUAUCCUCUCUUUCUCCGUCAUAAUGCUGAACACCAGCCUGCACAACCCCAACGUCAAAGACAAACCUCCCUUUGAGAGGUUUGUGUCCAUGAACAGAGGCAUCAAUGAUGGAGGGGACCUUCAGGAACCACUUCUGCGGGUAAGAGAGCUCUGUGCUUCUCUCUGCUUUUCCUGCUAGUUGGAAGUGGAAAGAGAGAUCUUCAAGAAUGGCUGAAGAGCCCACAUAUUCACCUAUGCCAUCUAGUUCUGGCCAUAUUACCCAGAAAUCCUCAGGAACAAUGACUUCAGAGUUUUCACUUCUCUCUUCUCAGAAGUUGGGUUCUCUCACUAGUGGUAUUGUAAGUGAGGCCAGGCAGUAGAUAUUUGGCAUUGACCUAGUGACACCAGCAGUCAAAUUAGCCUCUGUCCAUUCUGGAAAGGGCCUGAGAGAUGCAAAUAUUUCUUUGGGAUUGAAAGGUGCAUUGCAGUGAGAAGCAAAGGAGGAAGGGUAGACAGGAACUGCCUUGUUAUAAACCACUUUCUUACAACAAGCAAUGUAUAAAUUUUAUAAAAUAGAUGAAGAAACUGAACUGUGGGAAAUCCAAAUAAGAAAGGCGGAAUAAAAAUCUUGGACAAACUAGUUAUGAUUUUGGGUGAAAAAUGAUAGCAGAAAAAAAUAUGUAUACCUAGAGUUGUCAUCUAUUCCACACACACACACACACACACACACACACACUGGUUUUCCCCGCAGGAUUUCAGGUUGGCAGGAGCAGGGACCGAGCAACGGGAGGUCACCCCGUCGCAGGGAUUCGAACCGCCGACCUUCUGAUCAGCAAGUGCUAGGCUCUGUGGUUUAACCCACAGUGCCACCAGCGUACUAAUGACACCCUCCGCCAUGAGAGGAGAAAGGGAUUAUGCCAGAGGACAUGCCCCAAAUGCCAACACAUGCAGUUUGAAAACUCAUCAGAGACUCCAAAAUAAUUGUGUGUCUAUCAUUCUCCUCCUCCUGUGCCAGACUCCACUCUACAGCAGGCGGUUCUCAAAGCACCUCGUAAUAAUGAGCUCUCCAGCAGACAAUUAAUAGACCUGUACAGAAAGGGAGCAAUACUAAUUCGUAGUCGAUAGCCCAUCAAUUUCCCAGGUGUGGCAAAUUCUUCCAAAGCUUCAGAGGAUGUCAUGAAUCAUUCUUCCCUCUCCACUAGAAAUAUUAGCUUCCUCUACUUAGUGAAGCCCUUAAUGAGCUCAGGUUUUCUGCAGUACUGACACUGACUCAGCCCAUUCUCCCGGGGAAAUGUUGAUGGGAGUUAUUUAUCUGAUUGCAUGUGAUUAUUUUCACAGGCACAUAAUAUGUGUUAACUAUUACCUAUAUACCCUUUGCCUUAGUAGAAUGCUAUGUCGAACGACUAUAUAUAGCCAUUGAUCUAAUAACAAAUUUGGGUGACCCAGUGCCUGCCAGUUUGAAACAGGAAUGGGCCAUCCCCAAAAUGAGGUGGCGAUGGUGCAAAGCUGGGGGAUUCCCUAGGUUUGAAGAUGUAUCAAAAUUUAAGAGAAAAGGGAAAUAUCAAAAAUAGCAUGACAAGGACCUGUGACCUUCCAAUGCAUACAGAAUGCCAACACAUCAACUGAGGAGGAAGGGGAAGGAAACUGGAGCAGGGGAGAAGGAAGGGUUGGACUGCUCAAGUUUCUAAUAACAUAUAGCAAGUGUAUGAUGGAGGGAGAAUCAGGGUUUGUGGGAGAAUUGUGGGCCAAGAGGUUACACUCUCCUCCCUUUACUACAAAGCAAGGCUGCAGGAAAAAAGAGAGGACAAAGAACAUGUUUCUCCUUUCCCACUCUCCAAAUUGCACCCACUCUCCCACCCACUAUAUACUUAUAAAAUAUUCAGGGUCAGGGCUAGCUAUGAUGUUUCUGGCUGCUGAGAGUAGGUGGGUUAUGAGCUCUUUAUGAUGUGAAUGGGUGUUGUUAUCUUGGAAGAUGUUUAGUAGGGCCAGUUCUGGGGUGACAUCUAAUACUUGUUUAGUUAUUUUGCAUAUUUCUUGUAUGAUUGCUGUCCAGAAGAGUUGGAUUUUGGGGCAUUCCCACCACAUGUGGAGGGAUGUGCCUGUGGAGGUGCAUCCUCUCCAGCAUUUUGGUGAGGUUCCUGGGCGUAUUUCCAUGGUGUUAGGUACCAUCUGUAAGUGAGUUUCAUAGUGAGUUCUUUCCUUUUCAUUGAUAUGGAUUUAAAGGGCGAUUAUGUCACAUUCUAGUCCAUUGGGUGGGGUUAAUCUCAUGUACAUUGAGCACUAAUAAUGAAACAUAUGUUGUAAAUUUCCCCCCACAUUUAUUAUGCUAUUUUUGUGAUAUACAAAUGAGAUAAGAAAACGUGGUAUAUUUGUUUGUAUAACAUUAUCCUUGUUUUAAAAAGAGUCAGGGCUAGCUGCUAGCCCCAAAUCUAAGCUCUAUAGUGCUGGACAGCAAAACAGAUAAAGGGUUUUUUGGGGGGGGAGGACAGGAAAACAUGUUGCUCCCUCCUAAAACUUCUCUCCCCUCAAGGAGGCUUGAAAAGCACUAUAAGCGCUAGGAAGGCGCAAGGUGAAUAUAAAAUGGAAGAAUGGUAUAAAGAGGUGCGGGGUAUAGCUAUUAAUGAUAAAUUAACAUGUGCUAUUAAGGUAAGAUGAGGAAUAUGCGGGAGAAAUGAUUUUGAGGAAGGUGUUUGUAUAAUUUGUACUGUUAAAAUGGAAAGGGGUCAAACCAUCAUAAGAGCUGUUGAAUUUUUGGGAGGUUGGAUAGUUACAGUGGAAUGGUAUUGGGGGUGGGGUGCUCAUUUUUAUUCUUAUUUGUUUAUUAUUAUUACUUCCGGUGGUUCCCUCAUUGCAAGAAGUGAGGUUACAGGGAACCAGACAGAGGGCCUUCUCAGUAGUGGCACCCGCCCUGUGGAAUGCCCUCCCUUCAGAUGUGAAGGAAAUAAGUAGCUAUCUUAUCUUUAAAAGAUAUCUGAAGGCAGCCCUGUUUAGGGAAGUUUUUAAUAUUUAAUGCUGUAUUGUUUUUAACACUCGAUUGGAAGCUGCCCAGAGUGGCUAGGGAAACUCAGCCAGAUGGGCGGGGUAAAAAUAAUAAAUUAUUAUUAUUAUUAUUAUUAUUAUUAUUAUUAUUAUUAUUAAAUUAAAAAGAAAAUUACAAAAAUUAUAGAAAAAGAAAAGCACUGUAAGCCUUGGGUCCUAAACAGGAGUGCUUUUCUAAGGGUCAGGAUAUACCACAAAUUUUGUUGCAGGAUUUGUGUGCUGUGUGUGUGUGUGUGUGUGUGUGUGUGUGUGCAUGCACCCACAUACCCCUGCCUGCCUGCCUGCCUGCACCCAGCUCUCUAAAACUUUCUUACAUUUCAGUGAGAUUAGUGUCCUUUUUUUAAUCUAUGUUUGACUUUUGAAGACUUGGGAGGUUUACCAGAAAAUGCUGCUCUUAAACACAAACAAACACACACACACACACACACACACACACACACACACACAAUGUCCUUACCAUUGGAAACAUUGGAGGUGUAUGAUUACAGGGCAGGAGAGACCAUAUUCUAAGCAGGAUUUGCUUUUGUCAAAGUGUGGCUCACACAGUCAGGGGAGGCUUCUCACAGUGUCCUUUAUUAACUAAUGCUACACAGCCCUGGACAAUUUCUGCAGGAAUUUUGCAAUUUCUUCCAAUUUCAACAUAGCCUACCUAUCAAAAAUUAUUCUGAAACACCACUCAGGGGGCAACUCUGAUUUUAUAUAGCAACCACUGAAGUGCCCUUCAUAUGAAAAGAUUGGAUUUCCUGCUGCUGGCAGUCUGGAGGAAGUUGCAGUGACAUUACAUAAUGUGUGACAGCAUGUUCCAGUAGUCCCAGUGUCACUAUUUUACUGGACAAGAAAUGAGAAAAUCCCCUUGUGAAUGAGUCAGAUGUGCAUAACUGGGACUUUAUGUUCCUCCAAUUUUGAAAAUAAAGAAAGAAACCAUUUAAAGGAAACCCACUUGCUGAGUAUAGAAUAGCUUAUGGAAAUGAAAGAGAUGUUUUUGAUUCUAUUUGGAGACCAAGAAUCAAGUUCAUUAUGCUUGAAAGGGAGAGAAGAGUGAUGAGAGGAGGAAAUGGGUUUGAGGUAGGAAGCGUUGGAUACUGUGGAAACUGCUGAAAUCUGGGUUGCUUCUACACUGGCCCUUUUCUCUGAAAGUGUCAUCCUUUGCCCUCUCACUUUUCGCAUGUUUAACAAAUCAUUCCAUGCCAGUCAUUAAUUAUAGGUUGACCUACAGUCUAUUUUUUAGACCAGAUUUGUGGCCGUUUUUAAAUUGGAAACGCAUUUGCAGUGCCAUCCAGUCCCAUGUGCUCUUUGGGGCUCCUGUGCCUUUAAUUAAAAGCAUCUUGCUGGCAGUUUCACCUCUUGAUUCCUAUUGAGCACAGGAUUCCUGGCGAAUAGCCUCUUAAUUGCCCCUUGGUCUCUCUUAAUCGCACCUUAUCAGUUAGUGUCCCUGCAUUGCUUGUGUGCAUAUGAACACUUUCAUUCCCUAUUUCAUUCAUGGCCUAUUAACUUUUGUGUGGAAAAAUUGGCACUAUCCCUGUUAUAUAAAAACAAAAAGGAAAGCACUUUGGCCAGUAUUUUACUAAGUCAGAAGGAGACUUCAUUGGUUUCAGAGGGUCUACUCUGAGUAUGACCCACACAGGAUAUCUCCCUGUGAAAGGAAAUAAGUGAUUAAACACACAGGUGGGCAGGAGGAAAGGGAAAGGGUUGAGGGAGGAACCAUAGCUCAGCUAAAAGGCUCCUCAGUGCUCAGUUUGAGGGAUCAGGUGGUGGGAACGAUCUCUGCCCAUGAUGCUGGACAACUGCUGCGCUGAAUCACCGUUACUAAUACCACACAAUCCUAGAAGGCACCAGCCUCCUUUGUCCCUGUGGUGAGAUGUGUGGCAUUCCCCUUCAGGAUUUUCCUCUUUCUCCUUUUCCUGAGGCAGAGUUUGUUUGACAGCAUCAAGAACGAACCAUUCUCCAUCCCAGAGGACGAUGGGAACGACCUCACCCAUACGUUCUUCAACCCCAGCCAGGAAGGCUGGCUCCUUAAACUAGGUAACAUGUUCGUAUUUUGCUGAAAAUCUCGCUGCCGCCCCUCUACCCCAGGUUAGCCCUCCCCACCCCCCUCAAUCUCUCGGAAGGAAAACCAGCAGAGCCUUUCCUCAUGAGCUCAGGACUGCAGCAAGCUGCCAGCCAGGCAUCCUUGCAUUGUGGUGGGGUGACAGUGACCCCUGGCGUUCAGUUCUGCUCUAUAUUCCCUAGAGAUUCCCUUCUUUCAAUGCGCAGGCUGUCUUAUCCGGCUUGGUUCUUGGCCUGGAUUCUUGGGGCAGGAAGGAAACGGUACCUGUGUUGCUGGAGAAAUGGCCCUUUCGGAAGAUGCUCAGAGCACAGAUGUGGGUGCAAGGAUCCAUUCCAGCGACACAAAGGCUGCAUACAUGCCAUGCAUCAAAAACACAUUUCCUCUCCCCCCCCAUAAAGAAUCCUGGGAAUUGUAGUUUGCUGAAAAUUGUUGCUCUCUGAGGGGUAAAUUAAUAUCCCGGGGUUUAUUUGGAGGGAAGGGAAGAGGUAUGCUUUAAAUGCGUGUUGUGUGCACAGCCAAAGAUGCUGAAUAAUGUUUUAGGGUUCUUUCCUGGAUGUUCUCAAGAUCAAGGGCAGGGAUAGUCAACCUAGUGCUGCAGAUGUUAUAGCCUGCAACUCCCAUCAGCCCCAGUCAGUAGAGCCAAUUGCAAGGGGUGAUGGGAGUUGUUGUCCAGCAACUUCUGGAGGACACCAUGUUUUCUACCCCUUAUCUAGGAUGUGCAAGGUGGUAUAGUAUUUCUUUACAGUUUCAUCAUGGUCUCAAAGCCUUGCAAGAUUGGACUGAGGGAUAGUAACUUGCCUGAGGCUACCCAUUAGGCAUCAUUGCCAAGCAGGGCUAUGAACCUAACAGUAACCUUCUAGACAUGGCAGCCCACCACCACAUCCAGAAUAAUUUUAGCCACGAGCGUUGUGACCAUGAACAGUCAAUGUUUUACCACCCCUAGGAAACAUGGUCAUUGCUUUUCUGCCACGUGGCUGCAAUCUGCCAUAUUGUUCUGAUGUGUUCUCAGAGAACACUAAGAUUGCAUGCAUACCAUACAUUUAGAGUGAAUUUAAAGUACAUCUUGCCCUCCCUUCCAAAAAGAAUCCCGAGGACCGCAGUUUGUUAAAGUUGCUUGGAAUUCUAGCUCUGUGAAAAAUAUACUACAGUUUCUGGGAUUCUUUGAAGAGAAUGUGCUUUAAAUGUUUGGUAUAUGUGCAACCUAAGCCUUCUAAGAUAAUUCUAAACCAACUCAAGCUAUAGCAAGCAUAGCUUAAAGAUUAAUCCAGUCUUAACCAUGCAUUGUGUGUGUUUUUAAUUCCUUUUGCACUAGGAGGCAGAGUGAAGACUUGGAAGCGCCGUUGGUUCAUUUUGACGGAUAACUGCCUGUACUAUUUUGAAUACACCACGGUAAGAGUUGUGUCCCUUCCAUUAAAAAAAACCCACAAACCUUAUCUGAAAGAUGUAUCCUCAGAGAAUGUGAGGGACAUUCUAGUGUGGUGCAGGGAUUAGAGUACUGGUCCGGGACCUGGGAGAUCAGGGUUCAAAUAACACAGCUGUGAAUGAACCUGGACCAGUCACUGUCUCUCAGUCCAACCUGCCUCACAGGGUUGCUGUGAGGAAAUAAAAGAUAGAGGGGGAACCAUGUAUGACAACCUGAACUUCUUGUAUGAAUAGGGGGAUAGAAAUAUGGUGAUAAAAACAUACAUAGAACAGGGUCUCUUUUAUCUAUUACAAUUAUAUACCACCUUGGUCUUCAAGGUAGUAUACCUGGUUCUCCCAAUUUAAUCCUCACAACAACCUUGUGAGGCAGGUUAGGCUGAUGGUGAGUGACUGGCCCAAGGUCACCCAGUGGGCUUCAUGGCUGAGUAGGGAUUCAAACCCUGGUCUCCUAGGUCAUAAUGCCAACCUUGUUCUCCAGCCCAGGGUCAGCGGGCAGCUGCUAGCACUAACUUCCUAGGUACUGCCUGCACAUUGGGAAGGUAACUCAUCUCUGAUUUGAAUUUUUUUCCAGGACAAGGAGCCGCUGGGGAUUAUUCCACUGGAAAAUCUAUCUGUUCGAAAAGUAGAUGACCCGAAGAAACGAGUAAGUCACUGCUACUAACUGUGACCAGUGGUUAUCAUCCUUUCCUUAGACACAACAAAUAUUUUUUCUUCCCCAGUUCAGUAGAUUUGCUGUAGCUUGAAACUCCAGACCAACAAGGCCUCUACUUCUGGUUCUUUGGUUGUAAACUAGAUGGUCCAAGCAGAGUCCGCAAUAAAAUGUCAUGUGGAUAGCUCUUUUUUAAAAAACAAACAAAACAAAAACCCUUUAUUAUACUUCAGAUAACAAAAAGUAAACAUAAAACCAUCCAAUACAUUACAUUACAUACAUUACAUAUAAUACAUACCUUAUAUACCUACACAUCCUACGUGUACACCACGAAUAUUAGAUUUCCAACUCUUCUCUUUGUGUUUCAUGUGGAUAGCUCUUGUUUAGGACUCCAGACAUCAAGUGGUCCCCCCUCCCAGAUUUUCCAUUUGCUUUUCUACUUCAACCGUCAGUCAACCUGCCAUGCUAACUGAGCAUUGCUCGGUCCUUAGUGAGCUGUUUCUUUCCCCCACUGAGGAUUCUUUCCCCUAUAUUUACUUUGUAGUUCUACAGACUUUGGGGUUCCUCUGGGUUUGCUGAUCUCUCUGUCUUGUGCGUGGAUGAUACCAUAUUGGGCACAUAAUGAUACUUCAUUAGCAAGACCCAGUGAAAAUAUGUUACUACUAAUUGGUGUCUGUAAAGCUUUCAAAACACAGGUUCAGCCAAGCUUCAACCAGGCUCCAUCUGACUCUCCUGUGAUGCACUAGAUUCCCCCAGCCUCUGCUCUGGCUUCACCUUCAUCCACACCCAAGUUCCAAUACUUUUGAAGUUCAAAAACAACAGCCUUGUUGAUGAUAGUUCUUGGAAUUCCCAAUGACAAGGAAGUGGAUAGAAUUAGAUUUGGUAGUCUAGCUUCCCUCUUCUUCUUCUCCUCCGCCUCCACCUUUGCUUACAUCAAAAUAUCCACCGUAAAUUUCCAUGGAACACCAAAAUCCAAGUCACCCAAUACGUAUGUUAUGCAGCAAGCCUGUACCAACUUAGCCAAGAGUAAGACUCAUUAAAUACAGUGGGAUUUACUCCUGAUCCAGCAUGUAUUGUAAAUAAUUUUCACCUCUAAAACUUUGUGGGGGUCUUUUUUAAAAAAAUGAAUUAAGGACCAUGUGCUUUUCAAUCAUACAUGUGCGUUGGCAUUCAGAACACCAUAAAGUGGGAGACAACUUACUGCUUGCUGAGUAACUGGUUUAAUUCUCUUCCCUCCCAACCAACUCCAUAAAGGACUAGGGCAGCCUUCCCCAACCUGGUGCCCUCUAUACAUUUUGGACUACAGCUCCCAUCAGCCCCAGCCAGCAUGACCAAUCGUCAGGGACUAUAGAAGUUGCAGUCCAAAACACCUGGAGGGCACCAGUGUCAUAGCUCCGCUCCAACUCCCAUUGCCAAGCAACAGGGUGCAGAAAUGGGUGGAAUCAGAUAGGAGGUGAGACUGAUACACUUGCCUCAAAGUGAAAUCCGCAUGCGAAGUCCUGUCCAUUCUGAGGGUCAGGUGAACAGCAAUCCAAAUUGUCAGAUAAUCCAGAGGUCACAGAAUGCAAGCGGUCAUGAAGUGAAAGGUCCAAAUGGAAGCAGCAAGGUAGGGCUGGGAACCACAGACAUUGUUUCCAGCAUCUGACUGCUGCCCAAAGUCCUGUUUAAGAAGGCUGAAGCUGGCUGGUUCUCCUCUGUGUCCUUGAAGGCUGACUAGCUGCAGGUGGAACCACUCCACCUUCUCUCCCUUCAGGCUGCUGUUCAGUAGGGGAAGUUGAGUCCUGGCCCAUCGCAACCAGAUUAGGUUUUUUCGAAUAAAGAAAGUGAAAAUUUCAGAGAAGUGGACUGGGAUAUCCUUAAGAACUUGACCAGCAAAAACCCCUUCCUUUAGCAUCUGCCCCUCUUGCUUCUACACACCAUUUGUUUCCUCCACAAAUUACCGGGGAAAACCAGGUGCAUUUUGUAGAAUGCUUAACAUGUAUGAAAAUGCACCAAGAGGGAAGGUGAGCUUCUCUUGGGGUUCUCAAAAGCUCAUUUUGGAGCAUCAUGGUACAUUGAAAGAGGCACCUGAAACCCUCCAAUUACUUUUGCAUGUCAGUACCUUCCGAGAUGGAUAGCAGCGGGAGCAAUACACCUGUCUUUAAAGAGAACAUUGAGAAGCAGCGCUUUGUUACUGGUGUCUCGGCUAAUCAAGAUCUUGAGGGAGCCCACCCCUUAGCGGUGUCUGUCAAGGAGAUCUCAUCUGAAAGUUACACUGAGGAGGGGGAAACGGGUGCCAGAUCAAAACAGACGAUAUCUGCCGAUAGCUUCUCCCUGAGAUUGGAGUGCAUCCAUUCAGCAGAUUACUUGAUAGCUUAACUAGAAGUGCACUUGAGAGAUGGGAGGUGGGAGUUAGAAUUCUUCUAACAGGAUCUUACAAAAGCGACAUGGUGCCACAUCAGGAAAAACACCAUAGAAGGCAAAAGCAGUUAGGCAGUUCUACAAAGCUGCUGCCAAAUCACCCAACUUUCUGCAUCUCUUUGGGACACAGAGCAGUUGGGGGUCCUUGCCCAAGGAUACAGGAAUCAAAAUGCCCUUCAAGUGGGCAGCUGCCUAUGAGCGCAAAGGGAUUCCUGGCCCAUGAGUUGCUUUUCAUUAGAAAGCUGACACUAAGGCUGCCGAAUGUAAUCUUAUUAUGUGUAAUAAUCCUUAUGGCACUCACAAGUAAAAAUGCACAGGAUUGGGCUGCCCAGGAGCAACUGCUAUAAGGGUCCAUCUAAGUGCCCCACAAAGGACUGUAGUUUAGUGGUACAGCAGCUGCUUUUCAUGCAGAAGGUCCCAGAUUCAUUUCUGUGCAUCUCAAAGUAGAGCUUGGGAUUCCUGUCUGAAAACCUGGAGUACCACCCUCAACCAGUGUGGGGAGUGCUGAGUAGAUGGGUCAGUGGUCUGGCUUGCUAUAAGCUUCCUAUGUUGUUGUGUUCUAAUGCAAUGGUUCCCAAGCUGUUUCCUGCCCUGGACCACUUGAAAAUUGCCAAGGGUCUUGGCUUAAUUAUUCUCCCACAUGUUGCUUGGAAAUUGUAAUAUGAUAGAUGCUGAAGUAUUUUAAUGGAAUUUUAAUGAAACACAACAAGAGCUCAAAGAAGCAAUAAACAUAGAAUUAAAAAUUGGUAUUAAUAUUUUAAUACUUCUUUCCCUUUCUCGAGACCUCCCCUUGUCUUGCCACCAGCCAUGACUUUAUUCCGCUGAGGAAGGCAGAGCUUUCCCCCCAUCGUAUCAACUUCCAGCCUGCCCCACUCACCUUCCAGGAGAGCCAUUGAGUUCUAAGAAUGACGGAGCAGCCACCGCACUCACAGUUCUCCACACAAACACACACUGCUCUUGUAGCUGUGCCUCUUUGCAGAGUUACUUCCCUAGGCCACCUGAAGGAAGCUCAUGGACCACUGAUGGUCUACUGACCACACUUUGGGAACCGCUUCUCUAAUGUGUAACAACGUCCAUCUACAUCCCCGCUUUUUCUUUUAUGAAGUCAGAAAGAGGAUUUGUUGUACUCAAGUUAUUUGUAGCUCUUUUGUUACAAAAUGUUUGACAAAUGAAAUUCUUUGAAGGAAAGAUUAUGGAUGCAAGGGGGUAUUGGUAUCAAGGCACACAGAAAGACAAAAUUUAUACCUUCAUUUCCCAAGAUGCAAUGGGGUGUUUUUCACGCCCCACCUACCUGUAACUAUUCUUUUUUUAAAAAAAGAGACAAAGCUGCACAUUACACAUUAAGCCAGCCUUGGUAGCUCUCCAGAUGCUGCCCUGCAGUUCCUCUCAUCCCUGAUGAGAAGUGGGCUUCAUUUCUUGCCUGUGCUUGCUUCACACUCGUGGUUUUUGUCACACUGGCUUGGAUGACUCCAAAUCAAAGUUUGCAUUUUCUCUCAAAAAUACAUUAUGUAUACAAAAAAUUUUUACAUACCACUAUUUGUUGAAAAAAUAAUAGUACAAUAAUAGUUUACAAUAAUAGUAUAUACAACCAUACAGUGAAAACCAUACGAAAAGGUUAAAAUCAGAAAACAGCGAACUCUUGUGGAAAGACAUAUUCUUAAUAGCCUGCAGACUUUCAAAAGUUGAGACGGAAAGCCCUGGUGGAAUCUCUCUUGGCAGAGUAUUCCGCAGUACUGGGCCAAUGGCACUAAAGGCUAUUUUUUGUUGUUGUCAAAUGAGCUGCACCAACUUGGAGAAAGACUAGCAAUGCUCCUGCAGAUGAUCUCAGUGAUCAAGCUGGAAUAUAAGGGUUCAGGCAGUUCCUAAAGUACCAUGGGCCUAAGUUGUUCUUGGCUUUGUAAAUUAAUACACAGACCUUUGACCUGGUUUGGUAAUAGAUGCACAGCCAGUGAAGGUGCUUUAUUAAUGGCAUCAUACAUUUUCAGCAAGAUGCCCCCAUCAGCAGUCUAGAUGCCUCAUUCUGCACCAGCUAGGGCAUCCUAACCAGACCCAAUGGCAGCCUCACAUACAGUAUGCCUUUGAAUAUGCAUGUGAGUAUAUGCAUUUCUGCAUGUAUUUUCUCUCGCCUUGAAAAAAAUAGAUUUUGAUACGGACAGAUCAGAUGGGUGGCUAUGUUCUGAUCCACAAAUUUGCCCAGGAGACAUGGAUCGGGUCAGCUCACGCCAGAAUUGGCAAAGUUCAAAUCCCGCAAGUCAAUAAAACGAGUAAAUAAAAUGGCAUUCUCUGUUGCAAAGCCAUCCUUCUCUAGAUAAAUUUCAGUCUAAGUACACAGUUGAGGAAUGCAAUGCGAAGUGUUUCCCCAAGGUCAAGCAGCCAGUCCUUCUCGGAAAAAGGAAAUAAAUCCCAAGUCCUUCACAGCGCAGUGUCGUUGCCACGAGAUCACAUAGAAUUUCAGAAUUAUUGUGUACGUGAAAAUCUGAAGGGGGAUGCCUUUGCAGCUUUGACCUAAAGCACAGCAGAAACAGAGGCUUGCCGCAUGUUGGAUCUUGUAGCUUUGUUGAUUUCCAGUCUCUUGAUUCCCUUCCAUUUUCUGUCCUUAGAAUUGCUUUGAGCUCUUUAAUACAAACAGCAAGGGGCAGAAAAUCAAAGCCUGCAAGAUGGACGGAGACGGGAAGGUGGUUGAAGGCAAACACCAGUCUUACAAGAUCUCUGCACCCUCGGCGGAGGAGCGUGACCUAUGGAUUGACGCAAUACGGUGAGAAGAAAGGCUGUCAGGGUGAUGUGGCAGCAUGGUGGUGCUAUGAGAACAGUGGGAACAGGAGGGGAAAUUGGAGGGAAGAAAUACUUGGGGAUAAGGCACAUCAUAGUUCCCCACCAGUGUGACAAUUGAGAGCCCAGUGUGGUCCUGAAGGGUGAUGCACCCACAAACCCUCACAAAUCUGUGCACCUACAUGGCCUCAUUUGAUUUCUAAUCGCCCGUUAGCUCUAAGUAAUUCAUGGCAGAAUGUGUGGACUGUCUCCACUGCAAAGCACAGUGUUUUGAACUGAUGCAAAUGGUCCGUCUGUGCCAUUUGAUCUAUGAUGCUGAUUCAUCUUUCGGUGCUGCAGUCACCAAGCGAGGAACACGCAUGUGUGAUCCACCUCAUUCACAGUUUGGUUCAGGAUCUUUUAAAAACAAAAUAACGAGACUGCCAGUUUUUAGUUAUAAAAGGUGGCAAGACCAGACAGGUGUAGAGGACAUAGACACAUACUGAAUUAGCCUGGUACCAUACCUUGUAGCCCACUUUCCGUACUGAUAUCUUUGCUAGCCCUGGGAAGGAGUGAGCCCUUUGCUCCAUUCUAUCAACCACAACAUCCUGCCUUUCCUUCUGCUUUGUCCCUUAAAGUUUUGUGCUAAUCACCAGGUGGCUUUGAUUCUCCUAUGAGCAGCAUCCUACUUCCUACAGUGGCUAACCAGAUGCCUCUAGGAAGCCCCUAAGCAGGGCCUGAAGGCAACUGCCCUUCCAUCUUGUGCCUUCCCAGGAACUGGUGUUCAGUGGCAUAUCACCCCCACUCUGAACAUGGAAGACAGGGGCUGGGCCAUAGCUCAUAGGCAGAGCAUCAGCUUCACACAUAGAAGGUCCCAGGUUCAAUCCCCAGCAUCUCCAGGCAGAGCUGGGAAUGUUCCCUGCCUGAAGCCCUGGAGAGCUGCUGCCAGUCAGUGUAGACAAUACUGCGCUAGAUGGACCAGUGGUCUGACUCAAUAUGAGACAUCUUCUUUCCUUCUUAUGAAUUUCUCGUGGCCUCAUUUGACUAUUUCCCCAUAGCAGAUGCCUAGGAGCCUUGUCCUGUUUAUUGUCCUGCCAAUAGCAUUGUUCUUAACUGAAAGGUUUUUAUGAUGUAUUCACGAUUUUUAACUGUGUAUUUGCAAUAUCUUAUAAGCUGCUUAGAGGAUCCCCCCCCUUUCUAAAAAAUAUUAAGUGCUACAAAUUAUUUUCUAAAUAAAUUAAUAAUGCCCUCCUGGUUCCUGUGAAGGUGAUCAACACUUUGCUGGUGGCCGAGCCUUGAAUAUCUCCCAUUUCCACCCCUCCCUUUUUUAUUCCAGAACCAGCAUCACACAAGACCCCUUCUACGAUCUGGUCGCUGCUCGUAAGAAAAAGAUCGCCAGCAAGAAAUGAGCUCUCCGGUCUCCAUCUUGCUAAUGUUUCAACCUCAAGAAAAAAAAAAUUGGCUUCCAUGAAGUCCUUCCUGCAAAGGAACUCAAAAAUACCUCCAGAUUCCUGUCCAAGGAAGGAAAAUGACUGACAGGCUGAUGGAGGAUCUCAUUUUCUCACUCCUGGAGUAAAAAUCUAACAUGACUUGAGACUGUAGCUCAUUUGCCUGAGCAAGUCCUUGCAUUUGCAUCGCAUGGAGCAGGGAUUGGAUGCUUAUAUUUAUUGCUCAAUGAUCUGGGUCAAGGAGAAUCAUGGAAAGGAGUGACCUUUUCUUAAACUAACCUGCACAGCUGCCACUUAUAUAUCAGGAAAGUCUUGUGGAUGUGGAUUCCUGUCUCACUUGUCAUUCCAUGGCCUUCCGGGUAAUUGAGUUUUGCAGGAUGUAAUGAAAACACUCAUUUGGAAUAAUAAGAUGAAGGAUAAAAUUCAUCUGGUGAGAGGCAAUACAAUGGGGUGGUGGUGCUUGUCCAGAGUAAGUCCAUCUAUGUUUUCGGUCUACUGAGCUUGCCGUAUGGUUCUUUUGAACUUUGUCUUUUCAGGACAGAACCGCCCAGGCAGAAUCAGAACCACCCAGGCAGAAUCUGGCUCUAAAAGGUCAAGUAGGGAGUUGGUGGUUCCUGUGUUCUAGCUGCCUGCCCCAGCAUAGGGGCGGGUUGUACGUGUCUUGUCAUUUUAUAUUGGCCUUUGGGGAGAGCUACUGGGCUGAUCGAUUGAGACAUUGGGGCUUUGGUCUGGGAGGCAUGCAUUCAAGUUCUGCCUCACCCAUAACAGGAGGAGCAGAAAAAUGGCUCUCAUUCACCCUCAGAUUCUCAUCUGUAAAAUGGGUAUAAGGGCACCUGCUGCCCUGGAUUCUUAUGAAAUAGUACUGUGUAGAGCACUUUGUGCACUGAAAGUGCUAUGUAAAUUAUAAAUAGAAGUAAUAAUAAUAAUAGUAAUAAUGAAUUGCCACAGAGUGGCAAUAAAUAAAUAAAAUUCAAGCAAAUGUAAAAAUAUAUAUGCCAGAUGUACUUACACAUGCACACAUACACUGAGUAAGGGUGCAGUUUUCUACACACACACACACACACACACACACACACAGGGUUAAACAGAUGGAG